CGUCAAUAUUGAUAUUAUUAUUAUUAUUAAAAAGGGGGAUUUACAAAAGCCCAGGAACAAUGGGCAAAGUGUGUAUUUGCAGAAGGCGAAAGGAAACUCCCAGGCUUAACCAGAAACCGGAUCAGAGAAGGCCAGCCUUGUUCUCGUCCUUCUUCAAAGGCAUCAUCCUCAGCAACAUGAAGCCUUUAUUCGGAGCUCUUGUCGUCUUCUCCUUCUUCUGCGCCGUGGGCGGGAACUUGAUCCAGUUUGCGGACAUGGUUCGGCGGGCGACGGGGAGGCUGCCCUCCUUAUUCUACAACGGAUACGGGUGUUACUGCGGGUUGGGGGGCUCCAAGCAGCCCCUGGACCCCACCGAUUGGUGCUGCCAGGCCCACGACUGCUGCUACGGGCGGGCGUCGGAGCUCUCCUGCAACCCCAAAAUGGAGAUGUAUUCCUACUCCUUCCAGGGAGGAACCAUCGUUUGCGGCGGGGUGACCCUGUGCCAGCGCCUGGCCUGCGAGUGCGACAAGGCGGCCUCCCUCUGCUUCCGCGCCGCCCCCUUCCGCACCCGGAACAUCUACUUCCCAAAUUUUUUGUGCCGCGGGAAGACCCCCCCCUGCUAGCACCACACAGCCGUCAAUCUAAAGAAUGUAAAGGCUUGAG